UAAACGCUGGACCAAAGUCUUCUCAUAGCCCUGAAGUUUAGUUAGGCACACUGUGAUGGGCUUCUUGAACAGAUCAGCAAUACUGGAUAUUUGUCUGAAAGACUCGACAGCGGAUCCGCACGUACGCUACGAAAAGUUGUCGACAGGCAAAUAAAGUGCGAAACUUCUCACCUCUCGAAGAAACGCUUUUUUGACAGCUGUAAGGCGCGCGUCCUUCAGCGAAACGCAGUGAAUUUUUGGUUUGUUUGUUUAUAAUUUUACGAUCUACGAAAACCUAGAUGUGGAGAGUUAGAGUACUCCGACCAACACGACUUUUAAUUUUACGUAAAUAAUCAUUAAAAAAAGUGUUCUCUCUUUUGGACAAAAAUUGUCAUAUAGUUUAGACCGCUGAAAUGCAGCAGGAGCGGCUACUCAAAGUCCUUGUCAUUGGAGAUUUGGGUGUGGGGAAGACUUCCAUCAUAAAGCGAUAUGUGCAUCAGGUUUUUUCUCAACAUUACCGCGCGACUAUCGGUGUUGAUUUUGCUCUAAAAGUCCUGAAUUGGGAUCACCAGACAGUUAUUCGACUGCAGUUGUGGGACAUUGCAGGACAAGAGAGGUACGGCAACAUGACACGUGUGUACUACAGAGAGGCCGUAGGGGCGCUGGUGGUUUUUGACAUGACCCGCGCCUCCACCUUCCAAGCUGUGUUGAAAUGGAAAAAAGAUCUUGAUUCUAAAGUUGCCCAUGGCAAUGGGCGUCCCCUACCAGCUGUCCUGCUGGCCAACAAGUGUGACCAACAGAGAUAUGGUUUGUGUUCCAAACUGCCCAAACUCGACAAUUUCUCUAGGGAUCAUGGAUUUGUGGGGUGGUAUGAGACGUCUGCGAAGGACAACACAAACAUUGAUGCAGCCAUCACGUGUCUUGUAGAAAAUAUAAUGGCCAUUGACACGGAGGAUGUUCCUGUUGAAUCGGACCCUAGUGUACUGAUCCUCCCUGCUUUUGAUUAUAACCUAAAAGAGCGCAGUGACUCUAGAUGUUCUGUCUGCACAACAUUCCAGUCCAGCAAAAACCCCCCACAGUGAAUUAUAGAGUGAGAUGAUGAAAAGAACACAGAACAGAGUGGGAAAGAAAAAUAUAGAGAGAGAAAGAGAGAGAACGGUAACACCCUUUGUUGGGCCUUCAGAUAGUGCUGAAGUAAGCCUUUGUGGGAAAGACUAGACCAUGAAGUCUUAACACUUAUAUGCACUUACAUUUACACAUACCAAAAACAACAGUCAUCAAUAAAACAUGCAGCGUUUACACAGAGUUUUCUCUGAUAAAUACUUAAUGCUAUAGACUCACAACUAUAUAAGGCUCUUGAGGUUAUACUGCAGCAGAAGAGCGGCGUGCGCACAUUUGCCUCAACUUUGUGUCUGUUAAAGCCUCUGACUUUAAGUCUGCAUCCUCAAAAUGUGUGCAUGCAUUUGUGAUUACAUAGCAUAGGGGUGUGCUAUUUUAAACAGUCUACAACAAGCUUGUACACUCAACCGAUACUUGAGGCUCUAAAAACACAGUUAAGUAACUAGACCGUUGCUGCUUAUCAAGCUGAGAUAAAUUUGGGAUUUUAGGCAUGUAAACCAACAACAACAGCAACUAGACAAAAUACUGUCUGUAGUGCUUUCUUUAGAGAUAUGACUGCACACAUCAUUUCACGUUAUAAAAGAUGAAAUGAUUAUUUAUGUUGAAUGCAAGGUUUAUAUCAGAGAUCAAGGAUGAUGUAAGAUCUUCAAAUGAUUAAUUAAAUUCAGAGUUAAGCAGUCAUGUGCCAGCAUACAAAAUUAAUUUCAUUAGUGUGAAUAAUCAGCAGUGGAUUCACGCAGUCAAGUGUGUGUGUGUGUGUGUGUGUGUGUGUGUGUGCACGUACGUACAUUAAAGCAUUAGCAUCAGACAAGUAAUUGCGUUGAAGUGUCUCGGCAGACACUGUGGAGGUGUGUGCCUAAUGUUUAAAUGUGUGACUGGAUGUUUGAGUGUUUUUUAUGUCAUGACCCACAUGCUUACUGUCUGCUCACAGCAGUAAUUUUUCCACUCUUUGUUUACCAUGUAUGUUUUGUCUGACUUGCAGAGGUUUUUCUUCAGCUCCUACCAUCUAUGCUUCGGUGCCCAUAAUUUAUGGAUCCCCACAGCUCUCUUACUAAAUAGGCUUUUACUUUUUUACAUAUUUGAGGAAGUGUUUUGGACUGUGUAACUAUCUGUAUAAUGUCACAUCUCACAAAACAGUAAUUAUAUGUAAAUUUUUUUCUCUCUGCUUGUUGGACUGCUUUAGUCCUCUUUGCCACAUAACAGUCUGCCACAUGGCGCGUGUCUAACAGUGACCUUUACUAAGCCUACUUUUUAUUCAGCAGACAUGAUGUAUAAUUUUAUGGCAAUUUAAAUGUGACAGUUAAAUGUUUUCGCAAAAAAGAAAUGGCCUUUUUUUGUUACUCAUUAACAUAUGUGUAUGCAAUGGCUUGAAUAAUGAAAAGCUUUA